GUUAAAGCCUCCCAGUGGGAAAACGGAAGAUAUGAGAGACAGCAGAUUGCUGGUUGUGAUACUCACUAGAAGGAAAAACGAAAAAAAGGAGCAUGUGAUUCUAGAGCUACAUCCAGACGAAUGUGGGGUUUGAGAGGACUUCAGUUUGUCAAGUGAAAAAAAUGCCCACGCCAGUGACAGUGAUGAGAACUUGGAGCGUGGCAACUGGUCAAACAAAGCUGACUACCUGCUCUCCAUGGUGGGCUACGCUGUGGGCCUGGGCAACGUCUGGCGAUUUCCCUACCUCACCUACCAGAAUGGCGGAGGUGCUUUUCUAAUCCCCUAUACCCUGAUGCUGGCCUUAGCUGGUUUGCCCUUAUUUUUCAUGGAAUGUUCCCUUGGGCAGUUUGCCAGUCUUGGACCAAUUUCUAUCUGGAGAAUAUUGCCAUUGUUUCAAGGAGUGGGCAUCACGAUGGUCAUGAUCUCAACAUUUGUGGCAAUCUACUACAACGUUAUCAUUGCUUACGCACUCUACUACUUAUUUGCCUCAUUUCAAAAAGUACUGCCAUGGUCAGAAUGCUUUUCCUGGGCAGAUGAGUUCUGCAGCAAAACACGGCUAGUAAGUGACUGCAACACCACCUUAGAUGGAGAAAUCAUUCAUGCAAACUACUCGUUCAUCACAAGCAACAAUCUCACAUGCAUUAAUGGCACUAUGAAGUACAAGCCAGUGCAGUUUCCCAGUGAGCAAUAUUGGAAUAAAGUGGCUCUUCAGCGGUCAAGUGGGUUAGACGAGACUGGUAACAUUGUGUGGUACCUGGCUCUCUGCCUCCUCCUGUCCUGGGUGAUUAUUGGAGCAGCAUUGUUUAAAGGAAUAAAGUCUUCUGGAAAGGUAGUCUACUUUACUGCACUCUUCCCAUAUGUCAUCCUGCUUAUCUUGCUUGUGCGAGGUGCCACCCUGGAAGGUGCUCUGGAUGGCAUUGAAUACUACAUUGGGAAACAGUCCAACAUCACUAAGCUGAUGGAGGCAGAGGUUUGGAAAGAUGCAGCCACCCAGAUAUUCUACUCCUUGUCUGUGGCAUGGGGCGGACUUGUUGCUUUGUCAUCGUACAAUAAGUUCCACAACAACUGCUACUCAGAUGCCAUUAUAGUUUGUGUAACCAACUGCCUCACUAGUGUAUUUGCUGGGUUUGCGAUAUUCUCCAUCUUGGGACAUAUGGCAUAUGUGUCUGAGAGACCUGUCUCGGAGGUCGUGGAUUCAGGAUUUGAUCUGGCAUUUGUAGCCUAUCCAGAGGCUCUCUCCAAGUUACCAGUUUCUCCUCUCUGGUCCUUCUUGUUUUUCUUCAUGCUCCUGCUCUUGGGCCUUGACUCUCAGUUUGCCACCAUAGAAACACUUACAACCACCAUACAAGAUAUAUAUCCUGAAGUGAUGAAAAAGUUAAGAGUCCCUGUAACCCUGGGUCUGUGCAUGUUGCUCUUCUUUCUCGGUCUUGUCUGUGUCACUCAGGCAGGAAUUUACUGGGUUAACCUAAUUGAUCACUUUUGUGCUGGAUGGGGAAUCCUUAUUGCGGCUGUCCUGGAGAUAAUAGGCAUCGUCUACAUUUACGGAGGAAACAGGUUCAUUGAGGACAUUGAAAUGAUGAUUGGAAAGAAGAGCUGUUUAUUCUGGCUGUGGUGGAGAAUGUGCUGGUUUUUCGUUACUCCUGUGCUGUUAACGGCAAUUUUGGUCUGGUCCUUGGCCACAUUUUCACCUCCCUUUUAUGGCUCCGUACCAUAUCCAACCUGGGGAACUGCUGUUGGCUGGUGCAUGAUUAGCUUCUGUGUCAUCUGGAUUCCGAUCAUCGCUGUUCUAAAAAUAGUUAAAGCUGAAGGAAACCUUUGUCAGCGCAUUGUAAGCUGCUGCAGACCCACUGCAAACUGGGGUCCCUACCUGGAAUGUCACCGAGGAGAAAGAUACAGCCAUGUUGUAGAUCCCAAAAAGGAAAAAGAACACGAGAUUCCUACUGUGUCUGCCUUCGUAUAUACUCAACAAUGAGAUGGUCAUUUGGAUGACAAAUUUUUAAUGUGUGGUUUUCCUCUUUAACUAUUAGAAAAUGACAGUGCAAAUCAACAUUCUGCCCUUCAAAACCCAAUCCCCAAAAGAAAGUGAGCUCUAUUAUUUAUUUUUAUUGCUGUAUGUUUGGGGAGGGACAGGUAAAUUAAACACUGAGCUCUCCUCAGACAUUUAGAUUGAGAGGGCAGGAAGAUGUGUUGCAGGCUUCCCAGGCUGCUAGACUGGGCAUGCUUAACCCCAUCAAACCGGUGUCCAGCUGGACUGUAGAUACGGGUGUGGAAGAAAAUAAAGACACAUUCUGGUGCUCCCCAGCAACAGGAAAUUUGAUCAAAAAGGUGCUAUGCUCGUAUGCCUCAAUGUGCCACGGGCAGUUACUACUUUCUGCUAUGUUUUGCCAUCCGCAGUGGUGUGCAGUCAGCAGAGAGGUCGAUGGUUGUGCUGCUGCCUGGCACUGUAGCUCAGGGAACAUUCUCUCUAAGCCUCGCUCAGUGCUGUGAGGCUGCUCAGGAUUUGAUGUUGACUACAGUGUGUGUGUGUGUGUGUGUGUUUUCUCUGCGCAUCUAAAUAUUGAGCAGUAAAAAAUUACCAUCAAAGGAAAUAAGGCCUUAACGUGGUGAAAAGCAGAUGGUCUCUCUAUUUCUCAUUAUUCCCCUUGGGAUCCCCCAAAAGGCACCUACUGUGUCAUGCCCCUUGCUCAGCAUUCAUCUGUCUAUAAUUUUAAAAAUCCUGUGUUUCCAUAUUCUAUCAUUAGGACCUGCAGAAUGAAAUACUAACUGUUGAUUUCUGGUGUGUCUGCUCUCUUACACUCUCUAGGGCUUUACCUAUCAGUUUGUUCUCUGCAUCUUUUACUAAGCUUGGCUUUUCCCUUCCAAAGGAGAUCCAAAGUGCUUUUUAAAGAUUCAGUGUUAUAAUACAGCCAAAAGAAGCAGAACUUUACCCCAAGUGAAGGUUACAAUUGACUUGUAGUGCUAUUACUCUAAAAUUUGCUGAAAUCAUGAGAUUAUUGAAAAAAAUAGGAGGUUUAUAACGUAUUUGGGAACACAGACUUAUGGUCUACCUAUGUACUGUAUGGGUUAGGUUAAAAGAACCUGACUUCACUCGCAAUACAAAUUAAUUCCUGAUAAAGGAAAAAGACCUGUGGGUUGAAUGAAUAUGUUUUGUGUGAUGAGGAAUGUCUCUAUUACUGUGAUAAUGGCUCCUUGGGAACAAUGCAGCAGGGCUCCUAGCUGUCACUUCGUCUCAGGGCAUUGUCACUGUUUCUGGACAGGGAGGAAUGCGGAUAGUGGCUUGUUGCCCAAGCUGCAUACCUUGGUAUAUGUUUUAUAUUGGUGUUUUUGUCACAAAUCAACACUUUAUGGCAAAUAAAAUGUCAUUUUCUGUU